AUGCUAAUUACCCAUAAUGUUAAUAGUAUCAUUGAGAAACCUGAAAACGUUGAGCCAAUUCCUCCUUCGGAGGAUGCAGAAGCCAUAUUCAAGAAGAUGAAGGAGACUGGGUUGACCCCAAAUGCCGUGGUGAUGCUUGAUGGUUUAUGUAAAGCGAAGUUGUUUCAAGAGGCAAUGAAGCUUUUUGGGUUAAUGCGUGAGAAGGGUACUAUUCCGAAAGUGGUUAUAUACACUGCUAUAGUGGCAGGCUUCUGCAAGGCACAGAAGUUUGAAGACGUCGUGAGAAUUUUUAAGAAAAUGCAGAGUAUUGGGAUCAUUCCAAAUGCAUUUUGUUAUGGGGUUUUGAUUCUGGGCUUUGUCAAGGGAAGAGGUUUGGUUGAUGGGUAUUGUAGGGAGAAGGGUCUGGAAGAAGCUCAGUGUGAUCGAGGUGAUGAGGCAGAAAAGAUGUUUUAUUGA